GGAAGUUAUAUGGAGUAUGGUUGGUGCGCAAGCAACAGAACAAGGAGAUUGUUCUAAGUUCAAGGGUAACAUUCCUCAUUGUUGCAAGAAAACUCCAACCAUUGUUGACUUGUUACCGGGAACUCCUUACACCCAACAGAUAUCCAACUGUUGUAGAGGCGGUGUGAUUAGCUCGUGGGCACAAGAUCCAGCAACUGCGAUUUCUUCGUUUCAGAUUAGUGUUGGUCAAUCUGGAACGACUAAUACGACGGUUAGAGCGCCUAGGAACGUCACUUUGAAGGGACCAGGACCUGGUUACACUUGCGGACCUGCGCAAAUCGUUAAGCCUAGCAAAUUCAUUUCUGCGGAUAAACGAAGAAAGACUCAGGCCUUGU